AUGGCUCAAUGCAGACCAUACGGCUGUCUGCGACGAUGCAUGUCUCUAUCUGACGCUCUCCCGCCUCGCACGAGCCCCAAUGGCUUGCUCCCAGCCAUACACAGCCAACGACGGAAACACUCAACUACACCUCCUCCUCCUCCUCCACCACCGCACUCUUCUUCUUCUUCCUCCUCCUCCUCCUCGGUAUCUUCAGCGGAAAUGACACAUUUCGCGAGUCUGGCGAGUACAUGGUGGGACCCGCUUGGUCCUUCACGCAUAUUACAUCUGAUGAACCCGCUGCGACAUGACUUCAUCGCCUCGUGCGUUGGCCAGCAGCAGCGGCAGCAACAACAACAGCAGCAGCAACAAGCCCAUGACCAGGACCAGGACCAGAAGGGCGGCGGCGGACUACGUUAUUUAGACGUUGGUUGUGGAGGAGGGAUAUUCGCCGAGUCCCUUGCCAGGACGAUACGCACGCCCGGAACAAGUACCAACGCAUGCUCUCUUCUCGCUAUCGAUCCGUCACCGGUAAUGAUUGAACUAGCCCUCUCACACGCCAGGAAGGAUCCAACGCUGCACCAACAUCUUCGCACCGGCGCAUUCGAGUACCGCAAUACCUCGCUGGAGGACCUCACGGAUUCGGCUUCGGCUUCGACGGCGGGGAAAUUCGAUGUAGUUACGCUGUUCGAGGUGCUGGAGCAUGUUGAUCCGGACCACUCGUCGCCGCGGGCGUUUGUGCAGCGGUGUCUUGAUCUGGUGGCGCCGGGAGGGUGGCUUGUUGGCUCGACGAUUGCGCGAACGAUGCCUGCGUAUGUGGUCAAUCAGGUCAUUGCCGAAGCGCCCUGGCCGAUCGGGGUGGUGCCGCGGGGCACGCAUGAAUGGAGCAAGUUUGUGAAUCCCGAGGAGCUGAGAGGGUGGGUGGAAAGGGAGGGUGAGGUAGAUGUAUUAUUAGUUGGGAAGUUGGUAGCUGAGCUUGGAUGGAUUGUAGAGGAUCUUCAUUAA